AUGAGAUUGAACGACGAAUACGGAACGCAGGGUAUACAUGCUUGGAGCGUUCAGCCGGGAGCUGUCCAAACGGACCUGGCGCGUCAUAUGCCCGAUGACGGGAAGAACGUCCUUGCAAGUGACCCCUACCCUGCCAAGGUCAGCAAGAAUCCUGAACAAGGUGCCGCUACGAGCGCUUGUGGUGCUACUGCAGCGGCCCUUGAGAGUAUGGGCGGCAAGUAUCUUGAGAAUUGCCAGAUUGCUGGACCGUGGAAACCCUCACUCGGUCACUGGGGACCUGGGAGAUGUAUCUGCCAGAAAGUCGAUCAUCGUGAAGUCAGCUGGAGAGCCAACUUGUUUGGUCCAGGAGCGUUGUCUGGGACCUUCCAACAUGAACAAGCAUCUCUAUGA